AUGGCAAGUGGAUCCUGGGAAGAAUUCUUUGCUGUUCAUCUACCUCCAACUGACUUUGAAGACAACCGCUCGUUGUUAAAGGAGUUUUGUGAGAGACACGACCAGUAUGGAAACAAGAUUGUUCUUGUUACUUCUGGUGGAACGACAGUGCCACUAGAACACAAUACCGUACGGUUUGUGGAUAACUUCAGCGCGGGGACACGUGGGUCAGCAUCAGCGGAAUACUUCCUGGAACGUGGUUACGCGGUCAUCUUCAUGCAUCGUCAGAAGUCUUUGGAACCUUUCACGAGACACUUCAGUGGACAGAAGUUACUGGAUAUGCUUGAUUUACAGGAACGGGGACCAAAUACAACUAUUACAGUGAAACCUGACAGCGUAUUCGCCCUCGCUCCAGUACUUGCCCGCUACCAAGCGGCCCACGCUGCUGGCGCUCUACUGCAUGUAUCGUUCACUACUGUGUCUGAGUACUUCUGGCUGUUACGUGCGGCUUGCGAAUGUCUAGCACACACGGGCGCACGAGCUUUGCUAUAUCUGGCCGCGGCAGUGUCUGACUUCUACAUACCUAAGGAUAGAGUUCCUACACAUAAAUUACAAUCUGCGAGUGGACCGCCCGUGAUACAACUAAAUUUAGUGCCCAAAAUGUUAGCGCCUCUCGUAAAUCUCUGGGUGCCCGAAGCAUAUGUAGUUUCCUUCAAAUUAGAAACUGAUGAAAAUCUUCUCAUAACUAAAGCUAGGGCUGCAUUAGAAAAAUAUAAACAUAAGAUGGUGGUAGCGAAUCUGUUACAAACGCGUCACCAAAGAGUUAUUCUGGUCACCCCGGAAUCGAAUCAAGAAAUCAUUCUCACUAAAGAAGAACUGCACGCAGGUGUUGAUAUCGAGGCUACGAUAGUGGCUGAAAUCGUGCGUCUCCACGCCGACCACAUGGCGGGUAUCGCACCUCGCUGA